CCCUCCUCUUCGCUCAUUUCAUUUAGCGGCUCGCUUUUCAACGCCUCCCUGCUAUGUGUCCGUCCGGUAGAAUCGUAAGCGAAGAGGCCGGACUCGGACCGGACUUCAGGGCAGCCUUUGACGUUCUCGAUGCCGACCGGGAUGGGAAGAUAAGCCGCGAAGAUCUCCAAAACUUCUACUCCGGGAUCUAUGGCAGCAUUGGCUGCGGUGCGGAGGAAGAUGUGAUAGGGUCGAUGAUUACGGCGGCCGAUUUCAACAGGAACGGAUUUGUGGAGUACGAUGAGUUCGAGCGUGUUUUAAGGGCGAAGGGGAGAUCAGACAAUGAAAUGAUGGAGGAGGCGUUUAAGGUGAUGGAUGUGGACGGUGAUGGCAUCGUGGGCCAUGAAGAUUUGAAACGCUAUAUGGAGCGUGCCGGGUUCGAUGCUAGCGAUGAAGAUAUCAAGGCGAUGAUCAGAUUGGGCGGUAGUGAUGGUAAGGAGGGCGUGACUUAUCAUGGUCUGCUUAAGAUCUUAGCCAUUGAUAACUAGCCAUUGAAGGUUGGUCUCUUCCAUAUUUAAUUUUGCAAUUUUGUUGUUGGAGAUUAACGAUUGUUGUAUUUUGCUCGUGGACGUACGUUCACCAGCAAAAAAGAGACAAGUUUGUUUUAUUUACCUAUUCCAUCGUUUCGUUUAGAAUUAUCGAUCAUCCCGGGACAAAACAAGAAGUUGUAUUUUAGCGUUCUUUGCCAGCUUUUUGUGAAACACGCAUUAUUAUAAUAAUAUGCCAGCUUUUAGACGCGUA